AUGCAGGUCGCGCCCACCGGAAUGGCUGGCUUCGAGGGCCGCGCCGCCUCCUUCACGCCAACCCAGCCGCAAACCCAUCGGUCGCUGUACGGGGACAGCGCGCCGCAGCAGCAGAAUGGCUUCGCAAGAAGCUUUUCUGAGAGCAACGGUCUAUCGCAGCACCACAUGGAGCAUCCGCCGCAAAUUUACACCGCUGUAUAUUCCAACGUCAAUGUCUACGAAAUGGAGAUCAACGGCAUCGCCGUCAUGAAGCGUCGUUCCGACUCGUGGCUGAACGCGACACAAAUCCUGAAGGUUGCAGGUGUUGAUAAGGGAAAGCGCACGAAAGUCCUCGAGAAGGAGAUCCUGACCGGCGAGCACGAGAAGGUCCAAGGUGGCUACGGCAAGUACCAAGGCACCUGGAUCAACUACCGUCGCGGUCGCGAGUUUUGCCGUCAGUAUGGCGUCGAGGACCUGUUGCGCCCUUUGCUCGACUAUGGCUUGGAUGGCGGGUCGCAGGGACAAGAGGUCGACACGCCCACCAAAGAGCAGGCCAUGGCCGCGAACCGGAAGCGCUUCUAUGCCAGCACCAUGGAUGGCCGAACUCAAAGUGCUGCUGCUGGCGGCACCUUCUUCUCUAACAUUUCCUCUACUGCUUCAAACGCAAUCGCCGCUAUGAACAAGGUUGCCCGCAUGAACUCCCCAGCCCCACGCCCUGGAAGUGCACAACGUCGUCACAUGGCAUCCACCCCUUCACGCCCUGGCUUUGGAAGCCAGGAAUCGUUUCGCGGCGAAAGCCAGCAAAGUGUCCCAGGCUUGCGCUCCGAGCGCAGCUUUAGUGCCAAUGGCGGUGACUCCACAUAUGCGACCCAGGCUCAGGUUGAUGGACCUUUGGACGGCUUCGAGCCGCCACGUAAGAGGCUGCGCCAGGAAGACUCCUUUGCGCAACGCAAUGGUGAUGGUGAGCUCAUUCGCGACGGUUCUCCAACCGAGCCAAGCGAAUCUUUUGUAUAUCACCAGGCGCUACACCACCUCUCAACUGUUGAUGGUGAUGUCCCGGCAGCCUUGCCUCCUCUUCCAGGACCUUCCGACCCCUCGUCUCAGGAGAAACAAGCUGCGCUGCUUGAUCUAUUCCAAGACAACCAGUCACGUACUGACUAUUCAAAUCACCCUGCCAUUAUCCAUCUCUCUGGGAGCGAUCUUGACAUGCCACUGGACCAAUCUGCGAAUACUGCUCUACAUUGGGCAGCAACGCUGGCUAGGGUAUCUAUCAUGCGUCUACUGAUUUCCAAGGGUGCAAAUAUUUUCCGCGGCAAUGCGGCUGGCCAAACUCCACUGAUGGCUGCCGUAGCAGUCAACAACUGCCUUGAUCACAGCUGCUUUCCGGAGUUACUGGAGUUGCUUGCGCCGCUCAUUGAAGUCAGAGAUGACUCCGGCCGGACCAUCUUACACCAUAUCGCUGUUGCUUCAGGGGUUAAGGGCCGAGCAGCGUCAAGCAAAUAUUACCUUGAAGCCCUUCUCGAAUUCUUAGUGCGCAGCAAUACCGGUCAGAACAGCCAAUCUUCAUUCGAGGGCAGUACAUCAAAGCCCAUCGGUCUGAUGAGGUUCAUGAGCGAGAUGGUGAAUGCGAGGGAUGUCGCUGGAAAUACUGCGCUCAAUCUAGUCGCCCGCAUUGGAAACCGCAGCAUCAUUCAGCAACUGCUAGAAGUCAAGGCGGAUCCGUCGAUACCGAACUACAAAGGGCUGAGGCCUCUGGACUUCGGUGUUGGCGAAGACCCUGAAAGGAAUGGCCAGCAAACCCUGAGUCAGGUUGGAUCGCCUAGUAAAAGUAGGGGACCGGCAAGCAGAGUGGAUGAGGCCAGUAGAGAGAUGAUGCCUGCUAUGUCCUCGUUUCUUUCGCAGACGGAGUCACAGUUCAACGCCGAAAUUCGCCUGAAGCAAGAUCUCAUCGAUCGCACGAAUGCCAGCAUCCAGUCUCUAUCUACCCAGCAGCGCCAUCUCUCCAACCUGCUUGCCUCUCUUCAGCGUAGGCAGCGUCUCCAUGCGGAACGAAGUCAACGUAUCAGCAAUCUCAAAAACGCAAUCAAAGACCAACGCAGUCGCCUUGCCCGCUCCGGAGCCAUCUCAGUGGAGCAGGCUAUGAGUGCGUCUAAAGACAGCAUUAGGGUGGGCGACGCCGAUACGGUGUCGCCAGUCCAGUCGAAGCUCGGCCAGCUACGGGAUAUGUCGCCUGACUCGGCCAAUAAUUUGGAUUUAAACGCCCUUUCAUCGUCACAACAUUUCUCGCUUGUCUCCCUUCCAAGCGCAAGUACGCUGCGAGCAGCCCUGUCGGCAUAUGACAGCAACAAUGCAGAGCUUCGAGCGCGUGCAGCAGGCCUACGGGAGCGCAAUGGCGAGCUUGAGGCACAGUACCGCAAGGUCGUUUGCCUCUGCACAGGGGUUGCAGAGGACCAGGUUGAGGUUUUGCUCGGCAACCUCGUUAAAGCAGUUGAAAGCGAAAUUGGCGAUGGGGUCGAGGUUGGUCGAGUGAGGGAGUUCCUCAGGAAAGUGGAUUUUGUGGAGAAUUAG